AAGGUAUCUUUAAGCCCAGCCGAAAUCUUACCACAUUAAAAGGUCCUUGGCUCUAUUUUUAUAUGUCCUGGGAAUGUGACCUCCAAUGGUAAGAUGAGUAACCUGAAGAACAGAAUUGACACCUUGGGUUCCUUUUUACAUUUAAUUACAGUUCUUAGCAAGUACUUGAUCCCCCCCACCCCGGCCAAAUUUAUUUCAAGAAUGUGCUUGUCCGAGACCUACGAUGGCUGAGGUUUCUUAGGUACAUCUUGUGAUUCGAGUGUGAAUGUUCAUGGGAUCUGGACAGAUAGAUCAGGAAGUGUCUUCGCUCGAGUACCUACUAGGUCUGGUUGAGUCUGUAGCAGGCAUCUCGCAGCACCACGGUGUAUUCUGGGUAGCUGCUCUGCAGUAAUGCAGCCCUGUCUUCCUGGGCAGUGUUAUUCCUGCUGCAUAAUUAGCAACUAGUGAGAUCAUAGUCUGGGGAGAUUCUGACAUUACUGAGGCAAAGCAGGGAGGCUUCGUAGCAUCACGUGUGGCUCCGGCUCUGACAGCAUUUCUGUCAGGCAGAUUCAUCUUCUUGGGAACUUAAGUUCAAAGACGGAGGAGGAGAAAGCUUUGUCCCUGGGAGAUGGACCAUCCUGGACUCUGUGUGUGCGUGACGUGUCAAAAACCCUGCCUACCAUGUUGACGACACCAGAGCCAACUGUCACUCUUUUGCUAUUUGUUUUCCCCGUGCUGGCUUCUUUACAGAGGGCUAAGAUGGUAAAGCUAAGUUUUCCUCGCACAGGGGAUGGUGGUUGGCCAGCUGGGCCCUAUUUUAUGGAGAUGUAUGAGAUUGGAAAAGAGUUGGGCUUUUGAAGGCAGUGCCGAUUCUAAUCUUCAGUCCAUUCUUCAGAACGGAAUUUGACCUUUCUAGCAGCCUGAUGAGAAACUUUACCCUUGUGAAGAUCUGGGUGUAAGUGUUUUCCUGGGCUUCUGAUAAACUCUGAACUCCAGAGCCUAGAGCAGGAUUUCCCAAAGUGUGUUCCAAGAAUCACUUGCCCACCCCCCGUGAGACACUCUGGAAACAGAGGGUUCCAUGAUCCGGUGUGGGGACCCCUGCACUAUGUUUGCUCUCACCCUUCACCACGCUCGUUAGCAUAGUAAAAGCCUCCAAGCUGUCCUGUCGUAAGCACUCUUCUAAACUAUUUGGACACAGCGGUCCUAUUUCCACGUAAAGCUAUUAAUAUCCAUGGAACUAGUUGAUUUAAUGUAUACACUUUGGGAAAAGCCAGGCUAAAUUUUCACUAGGAAAAAUAAUUGGAUCUAGUCUGAGUUUGAGCCCAGCCUCAUUCUGCGUGUGAUCUUCAGUCCCUCGUGCUGGCCCCUUGGAGAGCUCUCCUGAGUGCGCGCAGGAGCCGCUCCCGUUAUUCCCGGGCUAAUGAAACCCAGAGCCCAGCUGGCUUGGAACCAGAGGCCUUCACUCUGCUGAGAAAGGUGCCGCUGUUACUCAUCUCAUUAUUUUAGAGCAACUGAGACUGGAGGGGCUGAAGGGAAAUAAAAGUAGGAAAACGUUGGCCAGAAUAAGUAGAGAAAUGACCUUGUCUCGAGAGACCAGACAUCAGCGCUAGCUUAGGGACUUACUUUCUUCAUUUGGAGAGCUGUGUGUAUAGACUUGGGAGGGGUCCGGCUCAGAAAAGGAAUGCUGAUUCCCCUUUUCCCCUGGGCAGAAUCCUAAUGCGCCUGACUAACCGGUGGUGAGCAGGGCCUUUGGGGCCAACGUGGUGGGCUCCCCAAGGAAACCCCUUUGAAACCAAUGGAUGCAUUCACGGGCUCGAGUCUCAAGAGGAAGUUUGAUGAUGUGGAUGUGGGCUCUUCGGUUUCCAACUCAGAUGACGAGAUCUCCAGCAGUGACAGUGCUGACAGCUGCGACAGCCUCAAUCCUCCUACAGCUGCCGGCUUCACACCCACAUCCAUCCUCAAGCGACAGAAGCAACUGCGGAGGAAGAAUGUCCGCUUUGACCAGGUGACCGUAUACUACUUUGCCCGGCGCCAGGGUUUCACCAGUGUGCCCAGCCAGGGAGGGAGCUCGCUGGGCAUGGCCCAGCGCCAUAACUCUGUGCGCAGCUACACGCUCUGUGAGUUUGCUCAGGAGCAGGAGGUGAACCAUCGGGAGAUUCUUCGUGAGCAUCUGAAGGAGGAGAAACUCCAUGCCAAGAAGAUGAAGCUGACCAAGAAUGGGACGGUGGAGUCGGUGGAGGCUGAUGGCCUGACCCUGGAUGAUGUCUCAGAUGAAGAUAUCGAUGUGGAAAAUGUGGAGGUGGACGAUUACUUCUUCCUGCAGCCCCUGCCCACCAAACGGCGACGGGCCUUGCUCAGGGCUUCAGGGGUACACCGCAUUGAUGCUGAAGAGAAACAAGAACUUCGAGCCAUCCGCCUGUCACGUGAAGAGUGUGGUUGUGACUGUCGCCUGUAUUGUGACCCAGAAGCCUGUGCCUGUAGUCAGGCUGGGAUUAAAUGCCAGGUGGACCGCAUGUCCUUCCCAUGUGGCUGUUCGAGGGAUGGCUGUGGGAACAUGGCCGGGCGCAUUGAAUUUAAUCCCAUCCGGGUCCGGACUCAUUACCUCCACACCAUCAUGAAGCUGGAGCUGGAGAGCAAGCGGCAGGUGAGCCGCCCACCGGCCCCCGACGAGGAGCCCUCACCCACGGCCAGCUGCAGCCUGACGGGAGCCCAAGGCUCAGAGACACAGGACUUCCAGGAGUUCAUUGCUGAGAACGAGACGGCAGUGAUGCACCUACAGAGCGCAGAGGAACUCGAGCGGCUCAAGGCAGAGGAAGACGCCAGCGGCUCUAGUGCCAGCCUGGACUCCAGCAUAGAGAGCCUGGGCGUGUGCAUCCUGGAGGAGCCCCUGGCUGUUCCCGAAGAGCUGUGCCCGGGCCUGACGGCCCCCAUUCUCAUCCAGGCUCAGCUGCCCCCAGGCUCCUCGGUCCUGUGUUUUGCUGAGAACUCCGACCACCCCACUGCCUCAGCAGUGACCAGCCCAUCCUAUUUGAACAGCGGGCCCCUGGUGUAUUAUCAGGUGGAGCAGAGGCCAGUCCUGGGGCUGAAAGGAGAGCCCAAUAUGGAAGAAGUCCCACCCUCUUUCCCCAAGGAGAAGGAUCUGAAUGUCUUCUCCCUCCCUGUUACCUCACUGGUGGCUUGUAGCCCCACAGACCCAGCUGCCCUGUGUAAAUCCGAAGUGGGGAAAACGUCCACUCUGGAAGCACUAGUGCCCGGAGAUUGUAGCACUGAGGAGCCUGAGAAUGAAGACUUCCGCCCCUCGUGGUCCCCCUCGAGCCUCCCCUUCCGCACGGACAAUGAAGAGGGCUGUGUGGUGGAGAAAACCUCCCAGCCGAGUGAGGACAGGCCCCCGGAAGAUUCUCCCCUAGAACUCCCUCUGGCAGUGUGACGUGGGGAUGGAGAGUCCGCCUCUUACCCGUUCUCUAUUUAUUCCCUUAUUUUAUCUAACACCAUUUCAAAACAAAACUGUAGAAGCAGCUGCUACUCCCAUGUUAUUUUAUUGGGGUCGGGGGGAGGGGUGGGUGGGAAAGAAUUGUUUGUAAAAGUAUUUUUUAAAUGGUAAACGGAACCAAGGAGACCAGUCCCAGCUCAGUCUGGGGAGCGUCUUGGGGCAGAGGCGGCUGCACGGUGCCGUAUACUGAGCCUUCUGGGCCCCUGGAACAAAGGAGGAGGAUCUCCCAGGAGAAGCUGGGUAAUUCAAGCAGCUAUUCGUUACACAGGGACCAGAACACAGUGAUUUGAAUGGCAUGACAAAGCCCCUUCUCCUUUCCCAAGCUCCAGGUGGGGUACAAGCUCAUUUUCUCAUCAGUCACCCUGAUACCCCUCUUGGGCGCUAUCAUCAGCCGGAGGAGCUGGUCAGAUCUAGAGCGGAGCAGAUGGAAGGGUCUCUGCUCCUGUAGAAAACCUCCAGGAUUUAUAAAAAUUUAACCUGCCUUCCCUGGCCCCCCAUUUGGUAAAUAAGUUAAUAUUUGACCUGUUUGGUGUUCUCUGACCUGUUCCCCACACUGGGGAUACCUGGUCUGUAACUUGAAUUAUUUCUUUCAUGUGUUCUUAGGUACUAAAGUUAAACUUGUCUAUUUAUCUUUCUUUCCCCCUCUGUCCUUUUCCCUUGAAGAAAAAGCUAGACUGGCUGGGGAUGUGGCCUGAAGAGCCGGAGUACCCUGCCUAAGGCCCGCUCUGUCAGGCACCUUUAGGCUGGGACUCACACGUCCCACGGGAGGCAUAUAUAGAACACUAUGUCCAAAAGAGGCAGCGGGGACAGGGUGCUGUCUGGCAAGAAGACUUUAUUUGUGCCACGCUUGCUUUUUCAGCCAGGUCUUUCCCCCACUCUGGGAGGUUUGAGCUUUAAAGGAACAGGAUGUGGCAAUAUAAAGUCACAGACUAGUUUUUGUUCUAUUUUUCUGUAUCUAUCCUUGUGGUCCUUGGAUAUACAGGGUUGGAGAGUUCUUAAACUAUUCCUGUCCACUCCCCCCACAACCCCAAGAACUGCAAAUAUUUAUCGGAUCCCUCCAUCCUGAUAAGUAAAAACUGGAAGCCAAACUAAUUCUUUUUUUUUUUUUUUCCAAACUAAUUCUUAAAUGCAGCUCCCAGGUUCCAAAGAAUUCAAGUUCUAUGACCUUUGAGAUCUAUGAAGUGGGACUCAAAUUCAGCUCUUACCUCGAUGGGGGGACACGGUUCCUGUUUAUCUUAAUGUCCAGCUUACGUUCCAGGAUGACCGCUGCAGAAUUCUUUUUAUUAGUAGUUAUCUCUGUCUCCGUUUGGAGGCAGGAGGGAGCAGAAUACUCUUCUCUAGCACCCUUUACAUCAUGCUUUACUUCUGGUAUGUUAAGUGGCAAAGAACAAGUGAAAACCUUUUUGAUUUUGGUGGGGGAGAGAACUCUUCCCACUUACCUUGCUCACCCAGCCUUUUCCUGUGGGCCGUUAAAGCACCCUUUCUGUAUGUCCCAGCAGCAGUUCGCCUAUCCGAUCUCUCACCUGAGCCUGCGAGGCCCUGUACUUAAAAGAUGAACCCAGUAUGCCUCUCCUGUUCAUUCCCGGUUUUGCUUGGUUUUACAUUUGGAGGGGAGUUCUUAAGUACAGGACCUUGUCUUCCCCCAUCCCCUAGCCUCACAAAACAGUCUUUUAAGUACCUGAGAUCUAGACACUCCCAAGCUGAGCCCCACUCUCCCACCUUCGGCUGGCCACUUGAGUACAAGACUGAAGCUUCACUGCAAAUUCGACUCUGGAAAAGAAUUUUCCUGAAAGUUUGUGUUGUGUGGGGGGCAGCGCUAGACAUUUCCUCCUUAGGAGGGGUCCAGCCUCACCUAGGAAGUGAAUUCCAGCUGCUCAAUAAGAGACACUUUAGCCUUUGGGAUCAAACCAACAAUCUAAAUCUAAUUGUCAAACUGAUGGCCAACCCCCAAGAUAAUUGGUUUUUCUGAAAAACUAGUUUCUUCACCUGAUCUUAGCCGAAAGGCCAAGAAACGAUAUCUGAAAAACUAGUUUUUUCAUCCAAGUCCAUCCCUCCAUUAACUCAACAAUUCUGACUCAUGCUGAUCCCAAGUUUUUUAAUGCUGAAUAUUAACAUUGAGCAUUAAUCAUCUUGUCAAGCAAAGGGCCUUUUCUACAACCUAGUCCAUCUCAUUUCUGGUGCUACCUGAGCUGGACAGAAUUCUAGCUCAUGGUUGCUUGAAAAGCUAAGCCUAGGCCUCUGAUCACAGGAGCAGAUGGCCUCGGUCCUGCUCAGUCUAGGCCUAGAUAAAAGAAAUCUCAUUAUUGCAACUCAUUUUCCAGUUUCCUUUCUCACAUCCUGUACACAGGUAGUAUUUUCAAUGUGAAUCCAAAGCUUGUCUGGGUCUCUGAAAAGAUUUUUUUUUCCUUUUAGGUCCUUUACAUUGUGAUAAUGCUGUAUUUAAAGAGAAUAUUUAAAUGUAAUAUUAAAGAAA